AUGGGUGUUCUCCAGCUCCAUAAUCCCUCUCACUCCUGCACUUUGCUGCACCGGGCCAACCAGAUGCGUCUCACAGGUACCCUGUGUGAUGUCAUCAUCACAGUGGAUGGUCAGGAGUUCCCAGCGCACCGCACGGUCCUGGCCUGCACCAGCAAGAUGUUUGAGAUCCUGUUCCAUCGCAGCAGCCUGCGGUACGCUCUGGACUUCCUGUCCCCCAAGACCUUCCAGCAGAUCCUGGAGUAUGCAUACACAGCCUCUCUGCAGGCCACCGCCGAAGACCUGGAUGACCUUCUGUACGCGGCAGAGAUACUGGAGAUAGAGUAUCUAGAAGAGCAGUGCCUCAAGGUGCUUGAAACCAUCCAGCACGAGGAGAGCCAUGAUGUUGCACUGAAAAAUCACAGUCCAACAGACCAUAGUGAGCCACGUGCCCGCCACUGGCGACAAAUGCUAAUAUCAAAAAAGAAUUCCAUACAAGAUGGGCCUGCGCGCACCAACUCCUCUGUCUUGCACCAGCUGGCACUAUACCACAUGAGCGACAGAAGCCCCACUAACAUGGAGCAGAAUAACACACCACUCAGCCCCAAACUGCUUCAAGAGAGAGCUCUCAAGAGUAGCCACAACUCCCCCUCAGAGCUGUCCCAGGUCACCUCUCUGGACCCCGACAGCAUCAAGUGUGAGAGCAUGCAGGUGGACGAGUCUGAGGGCCACGGCCGGCCCUCCAGCCCAGACCAGGGCAGCUGUGUGUCUGACCAGCCUCAGGAGGAUGGGCCCGGGACGCCUCUGAGGGGCAGCGUCAUCACCAGUGCCCGAGAGCUGCACUCCAGCCCUGAGCAUGGAGGGGCAGUGGGCAACGCUCUGGACUCUUUCCCUGGGAUCGGAGACAAACUUACGAGCUCUAUUUAUUCCAUGAGUGCCAACCACACAGGGGACGGGAUGAUGCCAAUGUCAUUAGCCCCACCUUUGGGUGUCUCACUGGACCCAAGGGCCUACGGUGGCCUGUUGCACCAAGGUCUGCUCCACCGAGAACUCCUGAAUCGACUGGGCCAGUUUGCAGCAGGCAUGAGGCAGGAGGGGCAGAGCCAAGGCCAGUGCUGCGGAGAGUGUGGACUUCAGCUGCACAGUCGUCAGGCCAUGGAGCAGCACAGGAGGCUGCACUCUGAGGAGAAGGGCCACGGCUGCGAGUUCUGUGGUAAACACUUUCAGGACAGCAUGCGGCUCAGGAUGCACAUGCUGUCUCAUACAGCUCCUGCUGAAGCGCUAGUUUGUGAUCAGUGUGCGGCCACAUUCUCCUCUGAAGAUGCCCUGGAAGCCCACAGACAAACCCACACAGGGACUGACAUGGCGGUGUUCUGUCUGCUGUGUGCAAAGCGCUUCCAGACACAGAAGGCCCUGCAGCAGCACAUGGAGGUCCACACUGGCAUGCACAGCUAUAUCUGUAGCCACUGCGAGCGCCCUUUUCCCAGCCACACCACUCUCAAAAGACACUUGCGUUCGCACACAGGCGACCACCCGUUUGAGUGCGAGUUCUGUGGGAGCUGCUUCAGAGAUGACGGCACACUGAGGGGCCACAAGCGCAUCCACACAGGAGAGAAGCCUUACGAGUGCAACGGCUGCGGCAAGAGGUUCAGCCUGAAGCACCAGCUGGAGACGCACUACCGCGUGCACACAGGGGAGAAGCCAUUUGAGUGUAAGUUGUGUCAUCAACGCUCAAGAGACUAUUCAGCGAUGAUCAAGCACCUGCGCACUCACAAUGGAGCGUCUCCAUAUCAGUGCACCAUCUGCCAGGACUUCUGCCCCAGCCUGGCCGCCAUGCAGAAGCACAUAAAGGGCCACAACCCCGAAGACGUGCCCCCCGACUGGAGGAUAGAGAAGACCUACCUGUACGUCUGCUACGUCUGA